AAUUAGGGUUAUUUGCUUCCACCUUCCAGUGGCGUCAAGGUUUUGGCAAAAAUGAUAGACUUGUUCUUGUCGGACCCCAACCGGCGCGACGAAGCGCAUGACAAUGAUUCUACGAAAUGGAGAAUAUCUCUGUUGAAGGAGCUGGAAUCCGUUAUGUGGUCAGGGAUGAUGUCUGGGGGUCGUGCGGAGGUUCGGCUAUGGCUAUGCAGCAGCAUCGCAUCUGUGACGUGCGUGGCUCCACGCGAUCAGAGAGAGCUCUUUGGGAAUUUGGUGAGAUGUCGAGGACACAAGUGUGGCCUUGCCUCCCAUCUUUUGCAUUUGAUGUUCGACAAGUCCCCCAAUAAAGGCGGUUCCAUUUUAGCUCACACAAGUCGCAUACUCCAGAAAUUCUUUCAGGGUAAUCCUGAUCGUGUAUUGCAGUGGUUUUCAUAUUCUUCCUCGGGCAAUGGACUAGAGCAAGGGAAAGGUCUAAAGGCGUUGACCCAAUUUGCAUUUAAAAACAGGGAUAUUUGCUGGGAGGAGCUGGAGUGGAAGGGAAAGCAUGGGCAGUCACCAGCCAUGGUUGCCACCAAGCCACAUUAUUUCCUUGACUUGGAUAUCCAGCGAACUGUGGAAAAUUUUAUUCAGAAUGUACCUGAAUUUUGGUCAUCUGACGAGUUUGUUGAGUCGGUCAAAGAUGGUGAUAUUUUUUUCAUUGAUAGGCCAUUCUUUGUGCAUUAUUUCAUGAACUUAAUGUAUAAAGAGAAUAUAGGAGAUAUAUGGCAAGUUAUAGAUGGAUUUCUCACAGAGCAUCCCUUCUCUUCUUUGUGCCAGCACCUUCUUAUUACUCUCGACGAGCAGGACCUGUGCUACUUUUUGGAAUUGCUUCGUAAAUCACUCAACCGCAAAGUGGAAUUUCAACAUUUUGAUAAUGUCACUGAUUUGUUUGUGGUUGUACUUUUAAACUGUGGUGCUACUGGGUCUAUUGACCUGAUGCUACUGUUGAAUGCUGUCAUUACUCGCGGAAGGCAACUUCUACGCCUUUUACGGGAUGAGGAGGCUUCGGAGCUGCAAGCAAAAAUCGGUGACACUGUGUCGAAAAUAGCUGCAAUCCCAAGUAAUAGCAAUAGCUUGACCCCAAUCUUUAAGAAUACAGGCAACAUGACAAUUGUUGAAGCAAUAAAGUGUUUGGGACUUCAGUCUUGGGUUCUUUACUAUAGAUUGUCACAAGAAUGCAAAACUCCUGAGUCAUGGGAGUCAGUCUUUAUGAAUAAUCAAAUUGGUUUCCGCAUCUCAAAUAAGAAUGCAUUGCUAGAUCAUGAUGGACUCUUAGAAGAAGAUUGUUCUGGUUUUGAUCGGAGUCCUUUAGUUAGACUGAAACGUAAGAAAAAACAAAAGGCUAAAAAGAAGAGGAGGAGGAAGUAUGAUAGUGAUGAUUGUAAUGAUGACGAGCUGCUGGAUUUUGAUUCUACAAGGCUGGAAUUGGACUUUCUGCAAAAUACUAGAAGCUGGCUACUUUCAACUGAUGGCUACACUUCAGCAUGGAGUAGUGCAGAUUUGCCGGAGCACCUACAUAAGCAUUGCUUGUCUAGGUGGAUGACAUGGCUUUUAGAAAAAUGAGGUGAAGUUGCUUCAGUGGACGACCGGGGUAUUGUGCCAUCAUAAUUAUAAACUGUGGGUAAGGGUUAACUUGAUCAGUUGUCUACUUGUGGUAUUUUCACUUGGUUGAUAUCAAGCAUGCCCUCCCGGUCCCCUUUUGUUUUUGUUUUGGGGCUGAAAUUCGUAAGACGUAAACACAUGGAAAGAUCGGAAUUCUUUUUAUUAGAAAGCUUGCCUGAGAAAUCUAUCAAGAUUAUUAAACUCUGGGUUCUUUAGGAAGUUCAUGAAGUGGCAAGACCUUGCUGAGUUUCCCCAUCACAAAUCAUUCUAGCAUCAACGUUGCAAGGGUUUCAUUCAGGGUGUGUGAUGAGUGUAU